AUGCGCGGUGCCGGUGGCCCCCGCGGCCCUCGGGGCCCCGCUAAGAUGCUGCUGCUGCUGGCGCUGGCCUGCGCCAGCCCGUUCCCGGAGGAGGCGCCGGGACCGGGCGGGGCCGCCGGGCCCGGCGGGGGCCCCGGCGGGGCGCGGCCGCUCAACGUGGCGCUCGUGUUCUCGGGGCCCGCGUACGCGACCGAGGCGGCGCGCCUGGGCCCGGCCGUGGCGGCGGCCGUGCGCAGCCCGGGCCUGGACGUGCGACCGGUGGCGCUGGUGCUCAACGGCUCGGACCCGCGCAGCCUCGUGCUGCAGCUCUGCGACCUGCUGUCGGGGCUGCGCGUGCACGGCGUCGUGUUCGAGGACGACUCGCGCGCGCCCGCCGUCGCGCCCAUCCUCGACUUCCUGUCGGCGCAGACCUCGCUGCCCAUCGUGGCCGUGCACGGCGGCGCCGCGCUCGUGCUCACGCCCAAGGAGAAGGGCUCCACCUUCCUGCAGCUGGGCUCCUCCACAGAGCAGCAGCUCCAGGUCAUCUUUGAGGUGCUGGAGGAGUACGACUGGACAUCCUUUGUAGCGGUGACCACGCGUGCCCCCGGCCACCGGGCCUUCCUGUCCUACAUCGAGGUGCUGACUGAUGGCAGCAUGGUGGGCUGGGAGCACCGCGGGGCACUGACGCUGGACCCUGGAGCAGGCGAGGCCGUGCUGGGUGCCCAGCUCCGCAGCGUCAGCGCGCAGAUCCGCCUGCUCUUCUGUGCCCGGGAAGAAGCCGAGCCCGUGUUCCGGGCAGCUGAGGAGGCUGGCCUCACGGGGCCUGGCUACGUCUGGUUCAUGGUGGGGCCCCAGCUGGCUGGAGGCGGAGGCUCAGGCGCCCCUGGAGAGCCCCCUCUUCUGCCAGGAGGCGUCCCACUGCCUGCCGGGCUGUUUGCAGUGCGCUCGGCUGGCUGGCGGGAUGACCUGGCCCGGCGUGUGGCCGCUGGUGUGGCCGUCGUGGCCAGAGGUGCCCAGGCUCUGCUGCGUGACUAUGGCUUCCUGCCCGAGCUCGGCCAUGACUGCCGUGCCCAGAACCGCACCCACAGAGGGGAGAGUCUGCAUAGGUACUUCAUGAACAUUACCUGGGAUAACAGGGAUUAUUCCUUCAACGAGGAUGGCUUCUUGGUGAACCCGUCUCUGGUGGUCAUCUCCCUCACCAGAGAGAGGACUUGGGAGGUGGUGGGCAGCUGGGAGCAGCAGACUCUCCGCCUAAAGUACCCGCUGUGGUCCCGCUACGGCCGCUUCCUGCAGCCCGUGGAUGACACGCAGCACCUCACCGUGGCCACACUGGAGGAGAGGCCCUUUGUCAUUGUGGAGCCCGCUGACCCCAUCAGCGGCACUUGCAUCCGAGACUCCGUGCCUUGCCGGAGCCAGCUCAACCGCACCCACAGCCCUCCUCCGGACGCCCCCCGCCCGGAAAAGCGGUGCUGCAAGGGCUUCUGCAUCGACAUUCUGAAGCGGCUGGCGCAGACCAUCGGCUUCAGCUACGACCUCUACCUGGUCACCAACGGCAAGCACGGAAAGAAGAUCGACGGGGUCUGGAACGGCAUGAUCGGCGAGGUGUUCUACCAGCGCGCGGACAUGGCCAUCGGCUCCCUCACCAUCAACGAGGAGCGGUCCGAGAUCGUGGACUUUUCCGUGCCCUUCGUGGAGACGGGCAUCAGCGUCAUGGUGGCGCGCAGCAACGGCACCGUGUCCCCCUCGGCCUUCCUCGAGCCCUACAGCCCUGCCGUGUGGGUGAUGAUGUUCGUCAUGUGCCUCACUGUGGUCGCCGUCACCGUUUUCAUCUUCGAGUACCUCAGUCCCGUGGGCUACAACCGCAGCUUGGCCACGGGCAAGCGGCCUGGCGGCUCAACCUUCACCAUUGGGAAAUCCAUCUGGCUGCUCUGGGCCCUGGUGUUCAAUAACUCGGUGCCCGUGGAGAACCCCCGGGGGACCACCAGCAAAAUCAUGGUGCUGGUAUGGGCCUUCUUCGCCGUCAUCUUCCUCGCCAGCUACACAGCCAACCUGGCCGCCUUCAUGAUCCAGGAGGAGUACGUGGACACCGUGUCUGGGCUCAGCGAUCGAAAGUUCCAGCGGCCCCAGGAGCAGUACCCGCCCCUGAAGUUUGGGACGGUGCCCAACGGGUCCACGGAGAAGAACAUCCGCAGCAACUACCCCGACAUGCACAGUUAUAUGGUGCGCUACAACCAGCCCCGCGUAGAGGAAGCGCUCACUCAGCUCAAGGCAGGGAAGCUGGACGCCUUCAUCUAUGAUGCAGCUGUGCUCAACUACAUGGCCCGCAAGGAUGAGGGCUGCAAGCUCGUCACCAUCGGCUCGGGGAAGGUCUUUGCCACAACGGGCUAUGGCAUCGCCCUGCACAAGGGCUCCCGGUGGAAGCGGCCCAUCGACCUGGCGCUGCUGCAGUUCCUGGGGGAUGAUGAGAUCGAGAUGCUGGAGCGGCUGUGGCUCUCUGGGAUCUGCCACAAUGACAAAAUCGAGGUGAUGAGCAGUAAGCUGGACAUCGACAACAUGGCAGGUGUCUUCUACAUGCUCCUGGUGGCCAUGGGCCUCUCCCUGCUGGUCUUCGCCUGGGAGCACCUGGUGUACUGGCGCCUGCGUCAUUGCCUGGGGCCCACCCACCGCAUGGACUUCCUGCUGGCUUUCUCCAGGGGCAUGUACAGCUGCUGCAGCGCCGAGGCCGCUCCGCCGCCGCCGGCCAAGCCCCCGCCGCCGCCGCAGCCGCUGCCCACGUCGCUGGGCGGCCUGGAGCCCUGGUGGUUCGCCGACUUCCCCUAUCCGUACGCUGAGCGCCUCGGGCCGCCGCCCGGCCGCUACUGGUCGGUCGACAAGCUCGGGGGCUGGCGCGCCGGCAGCUGGGACUACCUGCCCCCGCGCAGCGGUCCCGCCGCCUGGCAUUGCCGCCACUGCGCCAGCCUGGAGCUGCUGCCGCCGCCGCGCCAUCUCAGCUGCUCGCACGACGGCCUGGACGGUGGCUGGUGGGCGCCGCCGCCCCCGCCCUGGGCCGCCGGACCCCCGCCCCGGCGCCGAGCCCGCUGCGGGUGUCCGCGGCCGCACCCUCACCGCCCACGGGCCUCGCACCGCGCGCCCGCCGCCGCCGCCCCGCACCACCACCGGCACCGGCGCGCCGCGGGGGGCUGGGACCUCCCGCCGCCAGCGCCCACCUCGCGCUCGCUCGAGGACCUCAGCUCGUGCCCCCGCGCCGCCCCCGCGCGCAGGCUUACCGGGCCCUCCCGCCACGCGCGCCGGUGCCCGCACGCCGCGCACUGGGGGCCGCCGCUGCCCGCCGCGCCCCACCGGAGACACCGGGGCGGGGACCUGGGUACCCGCAGGGGCUCGGCGCACUUCUCCAGCCUCGAGUCCGAGGUAUGA